AUGAUCAAGAAUGAGAAUAACAAUCCCAGUGAUAAAACACCCGCUAAACCGGUGUAUAAGCGAGAGCUCGUGUACAACCAUAUAAUUUGGAUGCCUUUUGUUCACAUAUCAGCGGCUUAUGGCCUAUAUUUGGCGUGCGGCGCCCAUAGGCUGUGGUCGCACCGGUCAUACAAAGCCAAUCUACCGCUUCAGAUGAUACUAAUGGUGUUUCAAACGUUGGCCUUUUUGAGUCCCGCAUACGAGUGGGCUCGCGAUCAUCGGCUGCACCACAAACACAGCGACACCGACGCCGACCCACACAACUCCCGGCGCGGCUUUUUCUUCUCACACAUCGGUUGGCUUAUGUAUCGCAAACACCCGGACGUCAGGGAAAAGGGUAAGACCAUUGACAUGAGCGACCUGUUGGCCGACCCGAUAGUUCAGUUUCAGUUUAAGCAUUACCUCGUGUUGGGUGCGUUCAUAUGGGGUUUCAUACCAUGGUAUAUACCCCACUGGUUGUGGGCCGAAACCCUAUGGAACUCGUGGUUCGUGUCCGUAAUGCUCCGAUACGUCGUGUCAAUGCACAGCACUCUACUCAUUAACAGCGCCGCUCAUAUGUGGGGCAUGAGGCCGUACGACAAAAGCAUAGCACCGGUUGAGGCGAAUGCACGACAUUUUCUGAUGGGCGAAGGCUUUCAUAAUUAUCACCACUCGUUUCCCAUGGAUUACUCGCAGUCAGAGUUGGGUGCGAUCGAUGUGUUCAAUCCGGCGACGGCUUUCAUAGACAUGUUUGCGGCCAUCGGUUGGGCCUAUGAUCUCAAAAAGGCGUCCAUAGAUGUGGUGAAGAGCCGACAGACCAGAUGUGGUGACAUUCACUACAAGUCCAUCACAUCCCGACUGUCGGAGCAAAUUGUCGGCUCGUUUGUCAUAUUUAUGCCCAUUUGGGUCAUAACUAUACUCCGGAUGAAUGUGUUUCUAUGGCCAGUGAUUGGUAUCGCUUUAUAUCUGAUUACAUGCCAUCCCAACGGCUUUAGUGCUAAAAAUGAUAAAUAA